AUGUCGUCCGCACCUUCCGUGCUCAACAUCCACACCCCAACCUCUUCCUUUGCCGUCAUACAUUCUUUGACCCAGGAUUCCCUGCUCGCCCUAUACGAUCAACUCAGUCGCAAACAGCACACCGAUUACUACGGUGACCGCGUAGGCCCCGGAUGGCUUAAAUAUGAAUACAAUGAUGCCAUUUGGAAUUUGGACGAUGAAUCGGACUAUGCUAUCUUUGCAUGGCGACAACAAGCAGCGCACUUCUCGCAGCAGGAGCAUCCCGAACAAGUCGCUUCGACAUCGCACACUAUAGAAAGUGUACCAAAGGAGCGUCGCACGCCCACGCUACACCUCCACAACCACGCACAACCGCUUCCACGACCCACAGCAUACCGCAACCCCUCGUAUUACCUCUUUCAGCCAAACCACGCAGCCCCGUAUGCUCGCAGUACCCGUUCACCGGUUCCGUCGCGUGGAUCGAAACGAAGCAAGAAGAGCAAGAACGUCUACACUGACGAUGGGGAGGAAGAAGACGACGGAAUCCCGAAACACAAAAAGGAGUUUGAACGAUUUCAUUCCGAGAAUGGCGUGAGGACGGUGCUAGGAAGUAUUGGGCCUGUUCAGAAUGUUCGGAUGCUGCUGAAAGCGGGGUAUCGACACGUUUACAUUUCGCGCAAGUUUGCAAUCAAGCACGGGUUCAUCCCUGCAGACGCUGCUCUAGGCAAUUAUGGAUACGGAGGCCUGGUUAACAUCGGGUCUUGGCCAAUAACACUUACACCUUCUGCCUCUAAUCCAGGAUCCAGCCACCUGCGGCCGGGGCCGGACAAUGUAUCACACUCCUCGCAGUUCUCCUCGCCUCGUAUACCAGGACGUUCUCUGCCUCCUACGAUAGUGAAUGGCGGACUCCAGAGCAGUAACCCUGGUAAAAAAGGGAAAACGAAGCCAAAGGAGCGCCCUUCGGGUCCUCAACCUGUGACAAUAGAGGUGUACCUCUCUGAAGAGCCACAUUUUGACGUCGUUCUCGGUCGGUCGUUCUUCGAGAAGCGACAAAUCAAAACUACUUCCCUUGAUCCAACUGAUGUUGUGUGUCUUGACACUGGCGAGAAGAUUGAGUGCGAACUUGUGAUUUUGAAGGAUGGUCGAGGGGAAAUUGUCACGGUCACCUGA